AUGGUUGCACCAGCAGAUCUCCCGCUUGUUACCGUCGAUGCCCUCGAUAAAGUUUACCCCGCGGACAGAGUAACCAAUCAAGGUGUUCGCUGGAAUUCGUUGGUUGAAUCCUUCAAAUCUCACUACGGCUACAAACCCGCUUUCAUCGUCAGGGCUCCCGGCCGUGUCAAUCUCAUCGGUGAACACAUCGAUCAUGCUCUCUUCGGCGUCGUCCCGAUGGCCAUUGUCCCCGAUGUGAUCAUCGCUAUUGGUCCGCGUGCAGACACCCAUGAGAUCAGAGCGCAAAACGUCGAUCCCAAGUACCCCCCAACCGCCUUUACUCCGAGCUACAGCGGUGGUCCAGCCGUCGACAUUGAAAUACGCCAUCUCCAAUGGCAUUCCUACGUCAAGGCGGCAUUGCUGGGCUACCUCAAACACCCCCACUCUGGUGGUCAGUCUGCAGGUCUCGACAUGCUCUACGAUGGCACGGUCCCUGCAGGAUCCGGACUGAGCAGUUCUGCAGCCAUGGUAAUCAGCACUCUUCUCGCUCUCCUCGCCGCCAACGCACGCCUUGAAGGCAUCUCCAAGGGCGAUCUCGUCAAGAUGUCCAUGGGCGCCGAGGGCAAUGUGGGUGUCAACACAGGCGGUAUGGACCAGGCAGCCUCCGUCAUAUCCACUCCUGCUGCCGCUCUCUAUGUCCAAUUCUUCCCUCAGCUCGCCGGCGACCCCGUUCCUAUCCCCGCCACAGACCCCGCCAUCAGCUUCGUCAUUGCCAACACCCUCGUAACAUCCGAUAAAGCGACAACGGCGAAAUACAACUACAACUUACGCGUCGUCGAGACUCUCGCCGGUGCGGCUCUCCUCGCCAAGAGACUGGGGUUGGCGUAUACACCUGCUGAUAAAGUGUCCUAUCGACAGAUCGUCAGUGAGGUUGCCGGUGGAGAACACAGUCUCACGGGGGAGAGUGUGGACAACACCGACCCUACCGCAGGGCUGCGUGCGGCGUUCAAAAAAACCUUGCAAGCUAUCGAACACCAUCUCGGAAACGAUAGUGUGCGCGAUGGACUGAGCGAAGAUGAUCUCAUCGACGCUUUGGAUAUGUCUAAACAGUCUUUCGCUGACACUUACCUCUCCCUCGCUGUCGAGCCUCUCGGUGGCAAGUACAGACUUUAUUCACGCGCCAAACAUAUCUUGGAAGAGGCGCUUCGUGUAUUGGAAUUCAGAAGGGCUAUUGAGACAGGCGCUGAUGGUAACAUGCAAAAUUUACCCAAGUUGCUCGGUCAGAUUAUGGGCCAGUCGCAGGAUAGCUGCAGAGAUCAAUUCAUGUGCAGCUGUAAGGAAAUUGACGAAAUUACUUCCAUAGCAAGCGAGGAAGGCGCACUCGGUAGUAGACUAACUGGCGCUGGUUGGGGUGGGUCCACUGUCAGCCUUGUCCCGGCACAUAUCGUUCCCCGCUUCAUUGAGAAUGUCUCCAAGAGGUACAGUAAGUACCAGGGCCUUGGUAAGGAUGAGCUUGAGCAGGCUAUUUUCGCUACUCUGCCUGCUUCUGGUGCUUGUGUGCAUCCGCUGGAUUAA